AGAGAGAGAGAGAGAGAGAGAGUGGGUGGGUGGGUGGGUGACUACAGGCCAUUGUUUUUUCCUUCUCGGCUGAAAGGAAGGGUGCAGAUCGUUUCUCUUGCCUUAUUAUGGCAUGGGUACUUGGUUUACUUUCACAUCCAUCUUUGUUCCCUUCCAUUCUGUCUCAAAAUCUCUGAUAUUUUGAGAGAAACCAUUUUGUAAUCUUCUCCACACCAUUCGAGAGAGAGAGAGAGAUCUAGAGAGAGAGAGAGAGAGAGAAAGAGAGAGACAUGUCCGGCAGCACUGCAUCUCAAGCCAUGCUUAUAAACCAAGGACUCAUAUAUGAUCCCGAUCAGGCCGCUAACGAGGAUCAGAUGAUCAUGUCCAGUACUGCCACACAAAUGGGUUUCUUUUCUUUUCCUCCAAACAUGUCCUUAUUCCUACCUCUUCCAAAUACUAUCCCUGCUACGACGACCUCUCAUCAAUCUUUCAAAACCCUAACUUCUGCUGCCACUGUAACACCUUCGUUUACGCCAGGCGAUCACCAAACCCUCCUCCUUUCAUCAAAACAAAGAUACUCAGAGGAUCAUAUCAUUAGUUCCGAGAGUAAUAAAUUGGGAGCUGGAGGACCCCAACUUUCAUUGCAGAGAUCAUCAAGUGCAAAUCUCUGGGCAUGGGCAGAAGUGAAUGAGUGCAUGAGCAACACAAGGAAGAGAAGUAGCAGUACAAUGUUGUCUGACUGCUACAACAAUGGCGGAGAUGAGCAUCUCGGGGUGGUUUCGACGAUGAAGAUGAAGAAGAUAAACAUGAAAGCAAGGAGGAAAGUGAGGGAGCCCAGAUUCUGCUUCAAGACUAUGAGUGAUGUUGAUGUCUUGGAUGAUGGCUACAAGUGGAGGAAGUACGGCCAGAAAGUUGUCAAGAACACCCAGCAUCCCAGGAGCUAUUAUCGUUGCACGCAGGAUAACUGUCGGGUAAAGAAACGGGUGGAGAGAUUGGCAGAGGAUCCUAGAAUGGUGAUAACGACAUACGAAGGGAGACACGCCCACUCUCCGUCGCACGAUGAGGACGAUUCACAAGCUCCUAAUUCCCAACUUGACAAUUUCUUCUUCUAGAUAUGGCUUUCAAUAAGUUGGUGAUACGUAUUAUAUAUAUAGGUAUACGAUUACCUUGAGUACUCCCGAGAGUAAAUCUAGUACACGUAAAUCUUCAAUGAUGUGUGUAGAUUUACUCUCAGGAGUACCCAAGAUAAUCGUAGACGUAAAUCUCUACAAAAUGCCCCGCAUUAUUUCUUUCUUUGGGCAUUGCUUGCUGCACUUGGAUUUUGCAAAUAAAAUCUUGGAACCUCUCCUAGAAGUUAGUUUCUUUGCUUUUUAUAUAUACGUUAUUCUUGGACUGUAAAAGAACUACUAUUUCGGGAUUCUUUUGGUGGAUUGGAAUUCUUGUGUUUGAGAUAAUUAAUAGCAAGACCAUGCAUGCAUGGAAAUAUAAAUUGGGUUUU